UCGGAGCUAUAAUACAUAGCAGUAAACGCGGUCUGCUCGCACAAGCGGCUGUAGCUCGACUGCGCAGAGAUUCCGUUGUUAAUUUUCUCACUUUUUACCCAAGCAGCAACGUCUCUCCUUCGAUGUGUUCCGUUAUCAUUUUGCAGAGGCGUUCAUUUCCGCACCUGCCACGGUAGUGAUCGGGGGGCACCGUAGCCUACAGACGAAACUAGAGGAGGAGACAAGGACAUUGUGGAAGCAGCCGCGCGAGAGGGAGGAGAAAUAUAGAAACAAACGGCCGCUGGUUGAUAACACACUGAGGCUCCGAGUCAUUUAGAUUUUAUGGACGAAAUGCUGCUGUUGACGAGAAUCGUUCUGGUCGGGUUGAUCUGCUUGUCCUUGUCCGUGUCCUCUGGGAUGGGCUGUGGACCGGGCAGGGGCUACGGUAGGAGAAGACAUCCGAAGAAGCUGACACCUCUUGCGUACAAACAGUUCAUCCCUAACGUCGCGGAGAAGACCCUAGGGGCCAGUGGCAGAUACGAAGGGAAGAUCACGCGGAACUCCGAGCGAUUUAAAGAACUGACUCCCAAUUACAAUACUGACAUUAUCUUUAAGGAUGAAGAGAACACCGGUGCGGACCGGCUCAUGACUCAGAGAUGUAAAGACAAGCUGAACUCCCUGGCGAUCUCUGUCAUGAACCAGUGGCCAGGGGUAAAGCUCCGCGUCACCGAGGGCUGGGACGAGGAUGGGCACCAUUUCGAAGAGUCGCUACACUACGAGGGAAGGGCAGUGGAUAUCACGACCUCCGAUAGAGACAAGAGCAAAUACGGCACGCUGUCCAGACUAGCAGUGGAGGCUGGGUUCGACUGGGUCUACUACGAGUCCAAGGCCCACAUCCACUGUUCUGUCAAAGCAGAAAACUCAGUUGCUGCCAAAUCAGGCGGCUGCUUCCCAGGCACUGCUUCGGUGACUCUCAAAGAUGGAAGCAGGAAGGCAGUGAAAGACCUCAGAGUUGGCGACAAAGUGCUAGGUGCCAACAGUGAUGGGGAUCUCGCAUACAGCGACUUCAUCAUGUUCAUGGACCAGGACUCGUCAACUAGACGAGUAUUUUAUGUGAUAGAGACUAAAGAACCGGCUCAGAAAAUUACCCUUACUGCUGCACAUCUCCUCUUCGUGGUCAACAACUCAACGGAUGAUCUCCACAGCAUGUCAGCAGUAUUUGCGAGCGAAGUCAAACCUGGACAAAAGGUGGUUGUCUUUGAUGAUUUGCAUAACCAACUGAAGUCGGUCACCGUGGGACGGAUUUACAUGGAGGAGCACGAGGGGUCCUUUGCGCCCGUGACUGUUCAAGGAACCAUCGUUGUUGAUCAGGUGCUUGCGUCAUGUUACGCGGUAAUUGAAGACCACAAUCUAGCGCACUGGGCGUUUGCACCUGUCAGACUGAGCUACUGGCUGUCCUCGUUGCUAUCCCCGAAAGACUACUCCAUGCCCAACGCCACCUUACACGAGGACGGAGUGCACUGGUACUCCAAAAUUCUAUAUCAAUUAGGAACGUGGCUCUUGGAUAGCCACGCGCUUCACCCACUGGGGAUGUCAAUAAACUCAAGUUGAAGCAAAGCAAAAUAAGACAAUAAACAAUAGUGGAAUGAAAAAUACAAAGCCCCCAGCGAAGUUGGGAUAUUUAUUUCAGUGACUUGUACAUGUGUGUCCCUUUUAAAGAAUGAAUGGAGCCUUAAACGUUUUCUUUGAAUAAUUUAUUCUCAUGUGAACUGACUGGUAUCACACGGAUGGAUCCUAAAACGGUGUGACCAGCAAAAUUGUGCAGAAUCUAUUUUUGUAUAUCUCCAAGUAAACCACAAAGAAAAAGAAGACCAUGAUAAAAGGAGAAAACUUCUUGACAGGUUGCAAUGUUCUGUGCAUAUUAUGUGCAACUGACUGAUAUAUUUUGGGGAUAAACAAACUUCGUGGGGGUCCAUAAAUUAUAUUUUUAUACACAGAAUUGUAAAUUUGAUUUUGACAGAUCGUUACCGAAUCACAUUUCGUUAUUUGAAAUAGUGUUAGAUACGAGAAUAUAUUUUAAUUUAAAUAGUUGGGAAAAGUCUUGGAAAUCUUGUUUUGUUUAUUAAGAAUUGUAUUAUUUUGGAAACGUUUCAUUUAAAAUGUCAGAUUGGGACAGAUAUUCUGCCUCGUAUAAUUAUUUCCUCAGCUUUUGUUGUAUUUCUUUUUUCAAUUUUUCUUUUAGAAAAUUUGAAAUGCACAUUCUGACAAUUCAGUAACAGUUUAAGUAGUACAGAACAAAACGUUUCGUUGAAUAAAUUAAAAAAGUAACUCCUGUAAAUGUACUAAAAUGUAUUUUUCUUUUCAUAUUUUGUAAUAGGGAAAUAGUUUUAUAGAAAUAACAUGCGGCAGAUGCACAGUUUGGAUAGUAUAUACUAGCGUUCAAGUUAACUUUCAUAACAGGGCGAUGUGUCAAAAAUGUCUAGAGUUUAUUAUUUAUAUGUUUAUUACAAAAUGAGAUAAAGAAAAUAUUCAAACCUGCAGUUGUUACAUGUUUUUUUCCAGUAGCUCUUGUAAAUUGACAUUCUUGGUCCAUAAGAGAACCUAAAGACUAUCAAAAUGAAAUGAAUAUUAGUUCUACUCAAAUCUAGAAUUCGAAAUGCUGCUUCAAUUGCAUAACUUUGGCGCAAAUCUCAUUCUGACACCAAUGCAUUUAUACAAUUCCAGUUAAGCGCAUUUUUGACUCAACCCAUGGAAUAGUUCUAUUUAGCUAUGAAUUACGCUGAAUUUUUUUCUCAAAUUAAAUGUGAAGUUUAACAUAUUGAGGUAAAAGUGCAGGGAUUCCUCUGCUUUGAACGGCCCAAUGUCUGCUUGCGAAAUGUAGAGACUCCAUGUCACAUUUAACGAGGUUAGCCUUUCGCAAAUAACUUCUGAAAAACGUGCAGACAGAUUAAACAGAACCGUGUUUGUUAGCCCUAAAACUGCUUGCAGACUGUGAGCAUAGCGGCAAAUCCAUUUACAGGAAACGUCGUUAAAUCAGAUAUUUGCUCAAUGACCAGACUGCUUAUGAAGAUUUCACUGCCACACAAUACACAGAUGCCUGUCAAUUCAAGAAACAGCGACUGUUGUUCCCAGACAAUGGCGAGUUAUUGGAAAUCUUUCUGGCUGCAGUCUACAUCGCGCUGAGGAACCUAGUCUACACUGUUUAGAAGUCAAGACUUACUUUACACAUGGUCAUACAACUGAAAGAUAGGCUGGCAAAUGAUUUAGUUGAUAUUUAAGGUAAAAGCUAUCGAACAUGUCAACCUUCAAAGUCUUUGUCUUCUGGUCAUCAUUACCCAUUCGAUUAUCGAUAUUCAUCAAAUCGAUAUAAUUGGGCACGACUGAUAGGAAUGAAAUCGGCAGAUUUAGACUCGACACAAUAAAAACGUUCUUUAGUCAAUCUGUUAACGUGUACAAGCGCGACACCACGUGGUUCAGGCAUUUGAAAUGGUUCCGUACACAGGCGACAGACAGAGCAAUGGGAAUCGAGCGUCAUCUCUCCAUGAAUUCAAUCUGGGGUGCAACACCAUCACGAUUAAAAACAUCACAUUGACCUUCUCAAAUGUCUAAAUAUCCUUUAUUUAAUAUUCCUAUAAAGGAGUGAGUAAGAAAAGAUGGAAGGAAUAUAACUUUAGGUAAAUUGGUAGGAUGUCCCAGGAGACUAAACUGUAGGUGAGAUUGCUGAUGCUAAAUUGCUGGUUAUGUUCUUUACAAGGCUCUAGCUGAGAAAGUGGUGCAAUGGUAAUUUAGCAUGCAUCACAUAUGACAUAUAUUUGACACAAACAGUGAAUUC